CCCCUCCUCCCGCCGCUCCGCGCGUCCCUCCCCGCGGGUUUGUGGCGCUGUGCCGGGGGAGGAUGAACGGAGGAUAAAUGGUGCCCAAGGCGGACAGCGGCACCUUCCUCCUCCUCUUCCUCCUGGUGCUGAGCAUCACCGAGCCGCUGCGGCCAGAGCUCCGCUGCACCCCAGGGCAGUUUGCGUGUCGGAGUGGAACCAUUCAGUGCAUCCCUUCAAACUGGCAGUGUGAUGGAUGGCCCACCUGCGAGGACGAGAGCGAUGAAGUUGACUGUCCGGGCUUGACAGGGGACCAGCGAACUUACCAUGGGAAGGAGAAUGUGGACUCAAGGCACAAUCGAGGGAGAGGAGGAGAGACCACCCGCUUCCACACCGUCAAUGUGGCACAGCCUGUCCGCUUUAGCAGAAAGUGCCCAACAGGAUGGCACCACUAUGAGGGCACAGCCAGCUGUUACAAGGUGUAUUUAAAUGGGGAGAACUACUGGGACGCUGUGCAGACAUGUCAGCGGGUGAACGGAUCCCUCGCCACCUUCACUGCAGACCAGGAGCUGAGGUUCAUCCUGGCACAGGAGUGGGACUUGGAAGAAAAAACAUUUGUAAGGAAGGACCAGCGUAGGUUCUGGGUGGGAUAUCAGUAUGUGAUCACCAAUCGAAAUCACUCUCUGGAAGGUCACUGGGAAGUAGCUUAUAAAGGCUCUUCAGAAGUGUUUUUACCCCCUGACCCUAUCUUUGGUACGGCUAUGUCUGAAAAGGAAAACGUUCUUUGUGCUCAGCUCCAGUGUUUCCAUUUUCCUACCCUCCGGCACCAUGGUUUACACAGCUGGUAUGCUGAAAACUGCUAUGAGAAAUCUUCAUUCCUCUGCAAAAGGAGCCAGACUUGUGUUGAUAUCAAAGACAACAUUGUUGAUGAAGGCUACUAUUUCACUCCCAAAGGGAAUGAUCCCUGUUUGAGCUGCACGUGUCACAACGGUGAACCUGAGAUGUGUGUGGCUGCUCUGUGUGAGCGGCCCCAGGGCUGUCAGCAGUAUCGCAAGGACCCCAAGGAGUGCUGCAAAUUUACCUGCUUAGACCCAGAUGGCAACAGCCUGUUUGACUCAAUGGCCGGUGGAAUGCGCCUGAUUGUGAGCUGCAUCUCCUCCUUCCUCAUCCUCUCUCUGCUGCUCUUCAUGGUCCAUCGGCUGCGCCAGAGGCGGAGAGAGCGCAUAGAGUCUUUGAUUGGAGCAAAUUUGCACCAUUUCAACUUGGGCCGCAGGAUGCCUGGAUUUGAUUAUGGUCCCGAUGGUUUUGGAACUGGCCUUACUCCACUGCAUCUUUCAGACGAUGGGGAAGGUGGAGCAUUUCAUUUUCACGAUCCCCCUCCACCCUAUACUGCUUACAAGUACCCAGAUAUUCAACAUCCUGAUGACCCACCUCCUCCUUACGAGGCUUCUGUCAAUCCAGACAGCAUCCUUUGUUCCACUCCAGAUGGAGUUCUUUCUCAGGCUGUGCAAAGCAGUCCUCCAUCACUAGGAAACUGUGAUGUAUCCCCACAGCUUACAGAGGGAUCGCUUCCUCCCUCAGUUGGUCCCUCUCCAGUGGAGCUGGAAGACUCUGCUGACAGCAGCACCUUUCUUGUCCCUCCUGACACACCCAUAAAUGAAAACACCCCAGCAGAAACUUUGACAGGCAGCCGUCACAGUCACUGUUCCCUCAACACCAUUGUAUAGAGGAGUGAAACGCCCAGCACCGCUCAGAGUUCUAGCAGCUGUUUGCACAGACAAACACUAAUCCGUGGCUUGAACUUCAGAAGGAAUCUCCACUUUGUUUUUCAAACACUGCUUUUAUGUUCUAGAUUAGGAUCGUGCCUCUCGUUUUUUGGCUGUCGUUAUUCAUUCACUAAUCAAUUUGUCCUGUAAAUAUGGAUUGUACAACUGCUCUUUUUUUCCAUUGUAUAUGGAAAGGAGAGCAGAGAAUUCCUUUGACUUCUGAGGAGGUGAGAAGUAUGGGUAGUUUGGGUUGUUUUUUUCUUUUUCCUUAACCUGAGAGGAAUCAAAAUCUACAUCAGAGAAAAGCUGCUUGGAUUUGGCUGGAUACCACUGGACCCAGGAAACAGACAACAGAAAAGAAGGGUGGGGCAAUCCUUGUUCAAGCAGAGAAGAUGGAGCUGCAGGGGAGGGGGGCUGGGGGCCUGUUUUAUGGAGUGGGACACAUCCAUCAAGAGUUACACUGUGUAAAACACUUGGGGUUUUGAUCUGCCUUGAUCAGAGCACCAGAGGAACUGGAAUGUGUACACAAAUGUGUGGCAAGUGGGUACUGAGAAAAUCAGGAUUUGUAAUUAGUUAUUUGUUGUCAGUAACUGCAAAACCUCAUAUUGUUGGAUAAACUUCUGGCCCAUGAAGAAAACUGGGUCUGUGUGAUGUCCUUUUGGUAGAACCCUCACAUAUGUUAGGAAGUACUUUAGGUAAGAGAUGAGGAGCUUUGUUGCAGCCUGAGUUCACUGUAUGAAGCCCCUGUUUGUUCCAAUCCCAUAAGGAAGAUUGAAGUAUUUUCUUUCUAGUUCAACUUCUUUACAGUGAAUGGUUGCACAAAACUGGCCUGGAUAAAAGACCACUGUUCUUGCUUUACUUAUUGCAUGCUAUAUUUAGCAUGUGUGUUCCCUCCCCUUCAUUUCACUUCCUUACGGUCCUACAAAUACCACUUAAAAAUGGUGAUCAACAUGUACUGUAGGUGAUGUUUGAUUCUAAUUGGACACCUGUUCCUUAUCUCAGUCCCAUAAAUAGCCAACCCUGUUCUAGAGAUUUCCCCCGUGCCCCCCAAACCAUUUAUCCAGGUCCCACAAGGGGUUAUAAUGAGGUUAGUGUACUUAAAUCAAUAAAGCAGUUUGCUGCAGUCUGAUAUGUCAUCUUAAAUUUCCCCCUCGUAUUGAACUCUUUAAGCUAAGUUAAUUUACAGAUGGCAAAGAUUCAUUCAAUCCCUCAUGAAACCCAAAGUCAAACACUUGGUUUUGAUAAUGAGUACAAAAUAAUCUUUACAGGCAAUUUUAAAUUUAAGUUUCAGUGUACAAAUAGUUUACCCUUUUCUCCCAUCCUCCCAUUGCCUCUGCUUCUCCUCGACUUACUGUAACAGUCAGCAGAUGAGAUGAAUUUUAAGGAAUUUGUAAAGAAUGCCUCUUGUGAGUGGUCUCCUGUUACCUUAUGAAGGGUACAAGCCUAGAGGGACAGGAAGAAAACACUGCAUGGGGGUGUGUAUGUGAUCUAUUUUUCUAAUAAUGAUGAGAAAUCAUACUUGUAUGACAAAUCCUAACCCACUGUUGUGCUUUCCCAGUGCAGCUGACUCUUUCCCCAUGGAAUAUGCUGCUACUUUCUAUUCCCUGUCUUGCCUAUAGGCUUAUACUGUACUUGGGGAUUGGUCUUGACAAUUCAACUCGUUUUGCACAGGAAACUGUGAGUUUUGUUAUUGAGGUCGUAUCUGGUGUCUCGACAUGCAGACACUUGCAAACAGCCCUGACUCCAUCGGAGAGCGUGAAUCACAGUUCUGGGGAGCGCUGCUGGCACACGAGUGGGAGGAAGCACUGGUAGAAGCCUCUCCUGGAGCCGUUCCACCGCCCCAUCCUGCUCUCUGCUGUGCCUGGCUCCAGCAGCAGUGGUAUGAAACGAGAGGAGCAGUUCUCCACCCUGUGGCAUCUCUGACCGACUCCUCCUCCGAGUUCCAAGUCCUGGUCUAAUGAAGUGGAUGGAUAGCAGUAGUCAGAACCAUGCAUACAAAUUAUUGAGCAUUUCUGAAGUAUGAAAAUAAAGCGGGUUUUGUGCGUUUUUGAGCACAUUCAUACGUUUUA